CACACGUGAACAGAGAGAGACAGGAGCUGCUGAUCCGUGCUUUGAUUAUCAACUUCUAAAGCAGAGUUUGAGAAGAGUUUGUUACAGCAGUCAUGAGACGGAGUAAAGCUGAUGUGGAGCGCUACAUCUCUUCAGUCCAGAGCGCGUCUCCGUCACAGAAAACGAGGCCACUCAAAGGAUUUCUGUUUGCUAAGCUCUACUUCGAGGCUAAGGAGUAUGAGCUGGCUAAAAGACAUGUCUCCGAGUAUCUGACCGUCCAGCCCAAGGAUCCUAAAGCACACAAGUUCCUCGGUCAGCUGUUUGAGCGUGACGGAGAAACAGACAAAGCUGUGGGAUGCUACAAGCGCUCGGUGGAUCUGAAUCCGGCUCAGCACGAUCUGGUUCUGAAGGUGGCUGAGCUACUGUGCAGUAAACCCCAGCAUGACAGUCGAGCUGAGUUCUGGGUGGAGAAAGCGGCCAGGCUUCUGCCAGGACACCCGGCCGUUUUCAAUCUGAGGGAGAAGCUUCUGAGUGCUCAGAGUGGCUCUAACCAGCUGUACGAGCUGCUGCAGGCGGAGCUGAAACUGCGGCCCACCGACACCUACAUCAACCAGAAGCUGGUGCAGCUCUACAGCGCAGAGGGCCGGCUCGAGGACGCCGUCAAACACUGCCUCGCCGUGGAGAAGACCGGCAUCCUGAGACACUGUCUGGAGUGGUACCAGCUGUUGGUCAGCACCCUGCAGGAGUACCUGUGUCAGCCGAGUGUGUCGUCGAACGAACAGGCGUCACGCAAGUUUCACAAAGAGCUGCUGCUGGCUCAGUGCAGCCGAGUGAGACUGACGCUGACACUGAAGGACUGUGAGGAGAGCACCGCUGCCCUCUGGAGUUUUGACUGUGCCAUGCAGGAUCUGAAGAACACAGCUACAAACAGGACGGAUGAGCUGGCGGAGGUGUUCACGGAGAUGAGGGCGCACCUGUACCUGUACGCCGGGACACUGCUGCUGAAGAGAGCCCAGGACGGGGCGCAGCAGUGGAGGACCGUGCUGGAUCUGGCUGCUCUCUGUUAUCUCAUAUCUUAUCAGGCUCCCAGACCCAAAGCCAGGAGCCUGAAGAGUGAGCAGGUGUCCCAUGAGCCUCUGGAGCUGCUGGCCUGUGAUCGUCAGAGUCAGGCGGGUCACAUGCUGCUGAACCUGAGCCAGGACGUGGAGCAGCUGCUGAAGGAUGUGGUGGAGUCGUUCGGGAACCGUAGUGGCCCGGGUCAUCUGUUUGAUCAGCUGUUCGGUGCACAGACACAGGAGCAGCACUCCUUCAUCUGUAACGAUGACAUCCAUGUACUCAGCGUACACGCGCCCAAAGCCGCUGAUCUGGCCAAGUGGGACAGUGGAGCGGUGAUGCUGCAUGCGGGUGAUCUGCAGCAGCUGGUGUGGCUCGGCCUGCAGUGGGCGCUAAUGGGUCAAAGCGUGAGUCUGCAGGACUGGCUCAAGCAGCUCUUCCCUCGCCUCACGCUCGAGACCUCAAAACUGGACACCAACGCACCAGAAUCCAUCUGCCUGCUGGACCUGGAGGUGUUCGUGAGCGGUGUGGUGUUCUGCAGUCAGACACAGCUGCAGGAGCGGGUGAAGAUGACGUCCUGCUCUCAGCCGCUCGAGCCUCGCUGUCUGCCGCUGCACAUCAUGAAGCUGCUGUCGUCUGACAGACAGAGAGAGUGGUGGGACGCCGUCUACAGCCUGAUCCACAAGAGAGCGCAGCCCGGGACGUCUGCUAAACUGCGUCUGGUCAUGCAGCACGGUCUGGGCACGCUGCGUGCCGGAGAGAAACACGGCCUUCAGCCGGCUCUGCUCAUACACUGGGCUAAACACCUGACUGACAUGGCCGAGCGGGGGAACUCUUACUACGAUCAGAAGGAGUAUGCUGGACGCAGUGUGCACUACUGGAAGGUUGUGCUCCCCCUGCUGGAGAAGGUGCGACACAAACGCAGCAUCCCUGAACCCCUGCAGCCCAUGUUCAUGCACUUCCAGAGCAAAGACAUACAGCCUUCUCAGGUGCGAGUCUAUGAGGAAGAUGCCACCAUAAGCUUCGCCACACUCCUUGACAUCGAGGGCAACACUGAGGAGGCAAUCUCAAAGCUGGAGCAGCUCAACAGCCUCUCGUCUAACUGGCAUCUGGCGAAGAUCUAUCAGAGGCUGUCAGAGGAGGCAGGAAACGGGCUUGAGGAGACUCAGGGCAGGUGCACCGACUUCCUCCUGAAGUUCAGGAAGUACUUGACCCACAUUUAUAGGGCCAAGGAGGAUUUGGAGAAGUUGCCUGUAUCGAUGGAGGAGGUGAUGGAUUUGUUGAACGAGGUCAACCAGCAGCUUGUUGGUGAGGUGGAUGAAGAUCAGCUGGAAUUUCCUGUGACAUCCAGUCCCGGUCAGCCCACUGAAGGACAUGUUAAAUUCUCCACCCCUUCCUCAUCCAAGAGUGUCACGUCACCAUCCAAAAGAUCUGUGUUCUCCCCCAAAACACCACCUCACUGGGUGGAGGACCAGAAGUCACUGCUGCAGAUGUUAUGCCAGCAGGUCGAGGCCUUGAAGAGUGAGGUUCAUGGCCACAAUUCUUCAGAUGCCACAGCAUCCUCAUAUAGGAUGUAUCGGGACAACUAUGCUGCAGAUGGACUUCAGGAAACAUUUCCUGCAGUGCAGACAUUCCACGGUGUUCCUUUCCCUGUUGCUACUACAGGUCCCUCUGUGUACUACAACCAGUCUCCAGCAUAUAAUUCACAGUAUCUUCUACGCACUGCUGCAAAUGUUACACCAACAAAGGGCCCAGUAUAUGGGAUGAAUCGUCUUCCUCCACAGCAGCAUAUGUAUGCCUACCAACAAUCAACACAUACCCCACCUCUUCAGUCAACACCCGCAUGCAUGUAUCCUCAAGAGCAAGUCUUCGGUCCUCCCAUCCGGUUUGAGUCACCAGCUACAUCCUUACUCUCCCCAUACAGUGAGGAGUAUUAUGGUCACAACGUUCCUCAGCCCACAGACAAUCCAACGUUGCCAGAGCCUGGAUAUUUCACUAAGCCAUGUCCUGUUACAUCCACACAGCCAACCAGGAGCACUGAAAGCAAGGCUGUCGACCCCAAAAUUAGUUUUGGGCCGCAGUUCACAGGUGAACAUGCUAAGGUUCCCAACUUUGGAGGAGUAGCUGCCGGCCCAACAGCAUUCAAGUUCAACUCCAAUUUCAAGUCCAAUGAUGGUGAUUUCACCUUCUCUUCUGCUCAAGUUAAAAAUAGUGAAAGCCUCUUGGGACUUCUGACAUCAGAUAUUCCUCCCAAAGCUGAGGUUUCGUCAGAACCAAAACAUCAGACCCAAGACCAGCUGCCUAGCCAGAAAGAAGUCUUUACCUUUGGGAGUAAAAGUGCAGCAGGAUUUUCAUUCACUGAUGGUGCUCCGAACAAGAUGAGUAUUUUUGGCAACACCGAUCAAAGAUUUAGUUUUACAAGUGGAACCAAGACAACAUUAGGGAAUUCAGAGGCUCGGGAAGAGAAAAGUGGUGAAAGUGACAAUGAUGGCACCCAUGUGGAAGAUGAUGAGGAUGGGCCUCAUUUUGAGCCCAUUGUGCCUCUACCUGAUAAGGUCGACGUGAAAACUGGUGAGGAGGAGGAGGAGGAGAUGUUCUGCAAGAGAGCAAAACUCUUCCGAUUUGAUUCUGAGACUAAAGAAUGGAAAGAGAGGGGCAUUGGCAGUUUCAAAAUCCUCAAACACAAAAGCUCCGGGAAAGUUCGUCUGUUAAUGAGGAGGGAGCAGGUUCUGAAAAUCUGCGCCAAUCACUAUAUCACUGCUGAUAUGGUCCUCAAACCAAAUGCUGGAUCUGACAAAUCCUGGGUGUGGUAUGCUAUGGACUAUGCAGAUGAAAUGCCAAAGACUGAGCAGUUGGCCAUUCGUUUUAAAACCGCAGACGAGGCAACACUGUUUAAAGUUAAAUUUGAGGAAGCUCAAAAGUUCCUUUCGGAAUCCCCACAAGGACAACAGACUGAAAAGAAAAGCGAAACUCCAAAGCCUCAGGUUUCAUCCAAAGAAAUGGAUCUCAAAACCCUGUUUUCCAAGAAGGCGGGUGAAUGGGAUUGUGACGUGUGCUGUGUAAGAAACGCUCCCACGUCUGCGGUAUGUGUGGCCUGCAACAGUGCAGCUCCUUCUACAGCACAAGUCAAACCUGUAGAGGAGCCCAAAGGCUCUGGGCCUGUGGCUCCUCCUGCCAAAUUGUUUUCUUUUGGACUUUUUGGAGAUUCUGCUAAAAGUGCCACCAGCAUUGAUAUCAGCUCAAAGGGCUUCACGUUUGAAUCGGUUUCUUUUAAGUUUGGAUCAAACGAUGCUGUGGAGACAUCUGCUGGCUUUGGAGCUCAGGUUGAGAAGAAAACAAGUCAGGCUGAUGCUGCACAGCAAGAGAAAGUAUCAGCAGCUCCAGCAGUCCCAUUUGGCACUGGAUUUGGUGCUGUGGAGACAUCUGCUGGCUUUGGAGCUCAGGCUGAGAAGAAAACAAGUCAGGUUGAUGCACCAGAGCGAGAGAUAGUGUCAGCAGCUCCAGCAGUCCCAUUUGGCACUGGAUUUGGUGCUGUGGAGACAUCUGCUGGCUUUGGAGCUCAGGCUGAGAAGAAAACAAGUCAGGCUGAUGCAGCACAGCGAGAGAAAGUGUCAACAGCUCCAGCAGUCCCAUUUGGCACUGGAUUUGGUGCUGUGGAGACAUCUGCUGGCUUUGGAGCUCAGGCUGAGAAGAAAACAAGUCAGUUUGAUGCACCAGAGCGAGAUAAAGUGUCAGCAGCUCCAGCAGUCCCAUUUGGCACUGGAUUUGGUGCUGUGGAGACAUCUGCUGGCUUUGGCGCUCAGGCUGAGAAGAAAACAAGUCAGGGUGAUGCACCAGAGCGAGACAAAGUGUCAGCAGCUCCAGCAGUCCCAUUUGGCACUGGAUUUGGUGCUGUGGAGACAUCUGCUGGCUUUGGAGCUCAGGCUGAGAAGAAAACAAGUCAGACUGAUGCACCACAGCGAGAGAAAGUGUCAGCAGCUCCAGCAGUCCCAUUCGGCACUGGAUUUGGUGCUCAGUUUGCCAAGAAAGAUGGUCAGUGGGAUUGUGACUCCUGCCUAGUGAGGAAUGAUGCCUCGGCAACUGAAUGCGUUUCUUGCAAAGCCCCCUGCAGCACUGUAAAAACUAAUGCAGCAUCGAAAGGUGGGCUAGCUGCCAUGUUUGGUAAAAAAGCUGGUCAGUGGGAUUGUGACACUUGCCUGGUAAGAAAUGAAGGUUCAUCUAGUCAUUGUGUUUCAUGCCAGACAGCAAACCCAAAUAUGAAAAACAAGACCUCUGCUGCACCAUCAAGUUCCUCUUUUACAUUCAGUUUUGGUAGUUCUAGCAACCAACCUGCUGCGACAGGAUUUAAAGCCAAUUUCAAUCCAGGCCCUGCUUUUCAGUUCGGCACAAGUAAGGAAAAAUCAUCCUUAGAAGCCUUCAAGUUUGAGUCCUCCACAACUGAAGCUGAAAAGUCAUCAGGCAGUUCCACUUUUGCGUUUUCCAUGCCGACGCCUGUUGGCGGAUUUAAGUUUGGCAUUGCAGAAUCUGAGGCAAAUCCAUCAGACGGACAGUCCCAAAAUGGAUCUGCAUCUGACCUCCUCAAAAAUAUUGCUGCGCAUCACAAAGAGAAAGAGAAUGAAAAAGAGGCAGCCCCAAGUUCCUCAGAACAGUUUGUAGACUCUGAUAGUCAAGAUAAUAGUCCCCUCUUUACUGGUAAGCCUAACACCUUUAUUUUCGUUGACUUGGCAAAGACACAAGGCAGUUUUCAGUUUGGCCAGGAGGAUCCCACUUUCAAAGGCUUUGCAGGGGCUGCCGAGCAGCCCUUUACAGGGUUUUAUCCUGGGCCCAAGGCCGACACCUCUGUCGAUCAAGAUGAUGAAAUCUAUAAAACUGAGGAAAAUGACAAUAUUCAGUUUGAGCCUGAGGGGCAGGGCAAGGUGGAACAGCUGGAAGAUCAAUUUAAACAGCAGGAAACCGCAAAUGCUUUCAAUGAAAUCGAAGAGGCAAAGACUGCACAAGAAAAAGACACUCUACUGACCCCGUUUUCUGCAAGAGUACCUGCCUCUACCCAGGAGAUGCUUUGCGGCAAGGCUGCAGUUGCUGUACUUGAGGAAACAACAAAAGAACGUACUGGAAUCUCUGAAGAAAGCAGUCCUAAACUGGAUCAGACACCUCAAUGCACCAAGAAUGUGGUCUCUUCUCCAAAGUUAGUCUUUGGUUUUGGAAGCCCUUUGCCAUCGAAUGAAAAAUCUCUAGUUGUGAUUUCUAGUUCAGAAGAAGAGGAAGUGGGUGCCUCGAGACUGAAAACAUUUGGACCAGCAGUGACCAGCCAGUCAUCAGUUGAGACUUCUUCCAGCAUACCAACAAGUAUGUCUUUUGGAUUAGCAUCUGCGGGUGAGCUUUCAUUUGCAGAACUCGCAAAGCUUUCAGAGGAAUUUGCAUUUGCCAAAAGAGAUGAUAAUUUCACAUGGCCAGAUGCAGGAGCCCCAGUCUUUAGAAGCCCAGCAACACAAAAUGAAGGAGAUGAAGCAGAAGAGGAGGGCAGUGAUGAUAAAAACACCUCAUAAUGACAAGAUCCACUAUAGGAUGAGUUCUGUGUUGCUGUGACAAGGUUAUGUUAGAAAGACAGACUUGAUCCCUUUAUCCCUUUCUGAUGAGGAGGAGAUUACAAUUUGGCGCCUUAUUUUCAAUUUGGAGAUUAGAAAAGACUGAACUGUCAUGAAUGCAUUUAUUUGUCCAUUAACAGUUUUCACAAGAUGCUGCACUACACAUCACUGUCGCUGAGAAUACUUAUUUCUCUAGACAAUUAGUUCUAAAACAUCAGUUUUAAGAUUCAGUCAUGAAUGGUUUGGCUUGGAUCUGUGUGAUUUCUCAUUGUUUCACCCACUGCUGCUGUGUCCAGAGGUCUUUAAAUCAUUUAGAGUCUAUUUAUGAAGGACAAUCACAGAUUUAUUACUUUAUCAAUUUAUUACCAGCAACGGAUAAACAGGCUUUGAAAUAUGUACAAUAUCACUAUGUGCUAAAGUGUAUGAAGGUAUUUAGAUGUUUAAAACUUAAAAAUCUACUGAAGAGCAAAAAAACAAAGGAAAAAAAAAAAAAAAAAAAACUAAAUUUAGUAGUACUAUACCAUUGUUUACUACAAAACCAGGGACCAUCUAUGUAAACUCUUAUUUUAAUUAAUUUAGGUCCAGUUAUGUAAUCAAUAAGUUUUAAGCACAAAUGCAGAUACUAAUUAUCAGAAAAUGCAGGGAAUUGUUAUAGAAAAACUAAUGCACAAUUUAAAUUCUAAUGUAGACAACAUGAGAAUACUUGACCAACUUGGCUUUAUGAUUAGAGAACAAAGAGGGUGCAUCCUCAUCCCAGCUCCAUAAACAUAUCCAACACCAAAUAAAUGAGCUGUUAUGUUAUUUAGAUUCUAGAAAAUUGUACUAUAAGACAGUAUAGUGGUUUGUUUUAAAUGAGUGUCACAAUCUCUAGCUGGAGUGCCUAUGUACCUUUGUCACUCAAUCCCAGACUCCAUUUCCCAUUACUCCUGCCUAGGAACUGAUUACGGAUACACGUUUUCAAUCAGGAGGACUAUUUAAAGGGGGGUUGGACUGUGUACUAGAAUGUAGAAUUGUUAGACAGAAUUUGUAUUCAGACAGAAUCCUGAAUCAUUGUUCUUCCUUGUCUCUAAAGCAGCAUAGCAUGGCAUCCACAGAACUUCUUAAAUUGAAUUUAAUACCUUUUACUACCUUCAAAAUAUUUUUUUAAUGCCAGCGCAAUUUCAAGCUGCAACUGUAGUGGCGUAAAUUAAAUAUAUUUUUACAAAUGGAAUAACAUAUUGCCUUACAAUGUUACGAGGUCAUUAUUAUUUAACAUCAACACUGGACACAAAAACUGCCCAAAGAGAUAAGAAUAGAAAUAAAGACAGAGGAGGAAGGAGACAUCUUCUUCAUAGAACAUUAGUCAGUAAGUCUGAUGUGUGAGCAAUCUAAAAAAGAGGUGGCCGUGAUAAGCACAGGUGUUAUUAAAAUAAAUUAAGCUGAUACAUUUAGUUAAAGCAGAGGGAUUAAUCAAGAUGUCACAAUGGGCCUUUGUCCAUAGUUUUGGUCAAAGGUUCGCAGAAAACACAGCUUUGAGGGGCUUAUUGCUUUAUUAGACAACCUUAGCUUGAACUGAUUGCACUAUAUUUUCAAUGUUUUAUUUUAUUUGAUUUU